AUACAGUGCUUACGCCGUUCUUCCGCUUUCCUAUGUACUGUAUUCGGACAAGGGCCAUGAAGCUGCGGAAGUGACUCGCAGCCAUCACUGUGCUCCAACUCUCCUAUCUACGGGCUUCUCUGCCACCUCUUCUCCUUCUUCACAGCCAACACGCUCCUUUCGUACGGUUCUCUUCUUCACUACUGUACUGCAAGGACAGUGCCUUCAAUUGUGCUUGUUCGCUUCCACUCCUUACGACACCGUCCUGCAAUGGCGUCCAACAACAUCCCGCUACACUGCAACAUCUGUCCCAAGAAGCCGAAUUUCAGCGACGUCUCGCAUCUGCUCACACACGUCUCUAGCAAGGGUCACUUAUCCAAUUACUACAAGGUCAAGGUCCGCUCCACCAACGAGGAUGCCUCCCGCCGGUUGGUCGACGCCUACGACCGAUGGUACACCGACUGGAACGUUGAGGAGCUCAUGUCGGACCGGAUGAACCAGAAAGACAAGCGCCGGACCCGCGCCAGGCCAGCUGGUACGGCUCCGCAGCCACGUCCCGCCCGUCGAGCUGCUGCCGGCAGUUUUCUCGAUCCGCGUCUUGCUGAGCAACAGGUCAUCAAGCUGGAACACUCGGUCACACCAACACCACCUCCUUAUCAAGGUCCGGUCCUGCGCCAACGAACCUUCGCGCCACACAUGCAGUAUUGGGCUACCGAGUCCCGCGCAAGCUCCCGCAGCUACACAAACCCAGACUAUGAAACUUCCAGUGAGUAUUCGGACCCUGGCGAGCGGAAGGCCUACCGUUACCCCGUUGCCACCACAUGCAGCAUCGAGGAUGACGAUCCCACCGAAGUAGUCGAGAACACAAUGGCAGUCAGCGAGUGCACGAAGCUCAAGGGAGUAUACUGGCCUGGCAUGGAUAUCUUCGACUCCGCCACGCCGGAGAUGCGGCGCAAGAGGAACCAGAAGAAAGAUAGCUCUGUUGUUGCGCAACUGGAGCUUAACUCCCAAGAGGUCGAGGCUACCGAGCUCAUCUUCACACCCCAAGGGUCAUUCAAGAGACAACGACGAAUGUCCAGUUCAGUCUAUGAUGACGAGGAAGAGAUUGAGAUCAAGACGGAGAGUCCUCGACCGUCUCUAUCUCGGCCUGCGCUCGUUGACAUGGACGUCAAUGCUGCUCGUCGACCACGACAGCUUACACGAUCCCAAAUGUAUCCCUUCGUCGCACGCAAUCAGUACAACGAAGACCGUGGUCGCUCGGGCUAUGGUUACAGCUAUGGUGACCGCGCUUCGAAGCGCAAGCAUACGUUUGACGUUUUUCAGGACGAGGAAGAGGUGUCUUUCUCCCAGCCUGCUAGCUUCAACUACCUCACUUCAGCUUUCACCCAUCAAACCUCGCCAUCACCUCUACCAACAUUCGCUCCGUGCAAACCUUUGAAUGAUCAGUUCCAGUAUGAUAACAAGGAGAAUGCUCUGCCCUUGUUCCAUCAACAGACUUACGGAAACCCACACAAUCCUCACGCCAACAGCUACCAUUAUCACGCCUACACAUACGGCUUGGGCCAGGACCAACGAGUUUUCCCAUUCAACCACCAGUUGUACAACGGCGACAACGUGUAUGAACAGCAAACUCUAGAUGAUGAUGAUCAACGCACAAUCACGGCUCCACCUUCACCCGCUACGAGCUAA